CACAUGGUGAGCAGAGCUCGGGGGAAGCCGGGUACAUAUAGCCAGGAGAAAAACUUCAAGAUGGUCUUAAAGAAGAGAAAAGAGAUGAAAGUUGAUGUCCUGACGCUCAGUGGACCCAGCAUAGAUAAACUUAAGAAUUUUACAGAUGCCGAGGCAGAAUGUUUGCCUUCUCUUCUUCUUCAGUGUUUACAAUUACAAGAUGGAGUUCAGCAAAUCCACUGCAUCAAAAAGGUGGUGCCUCUCUUAGAAAACUUGCCUAGCAGUUCUGCGGGUACAGAAGAGCUCUGCUGCUCUAUGAGUGUUCUGGCUGAAAUGUACUUUGCGGUUGACAACAAGAAUCCACUGAAAAAGGUGUUGGCAAGUGCAUUAAACAACAUUCCUGAUCCAUGUAAAAAUGAUGUGAUCUGUGCUUUAACCAUA